AUGAAAUUAAGAAUGCUCUUAUGGAUCAUCUUCACUACUUGUUUUGGUUAUUAUCAAAGUGAUACAAUUACAAUUAAAACAACAAGAAAUUAUUUGUUUUCAUUUUCUAUUGGAAAAGAGGGUAAAUUUGAUAUUACAACUAUGACACCUGAAUUUAAUGAUAGAAUAACACUUGCUGUAUGUCAACGAGGAAGAGAUUAUACAGCACCACCAACAGCAAGUGAUAGAGAAAAAUGUGAAAGAUUAGAAAAAAUUUGUGAAACGUAUGUAUUUAAUGACUCGUCUUAUCAUUAUUUAAAUGCAAGUGUUUAUGACUUUGCUCUUUUAGCAUGUAACGCAACAUUUCCAUUUAAAUUUCAAUAUACAAUUCAUAUUAAAAAUGGUAAAAGUGAAUUACCAAUAAGUCAAGUUUAUUCUCCAGAAGUGUAUUUAAUAUUAAUGGGAGUAUAUUCAUUUAUAAUGAUAAGUUAUAUUAUUUAUUGUAUUUUUAAUAAAAGACAUAUAAAACAAAUUCAUCGUAUAGUUUUAGUUAUACAAAUUGUCUUUGUGUUACAUUGUUUAUUUGCGAGUAGUUAUUAUCGUGAUUAUUCAAAAUCAGGACAGCCAUUCCUCUUUUUAUUUUAUGUUUCAUCUUUAUUCCAUUCAAUGUCAGAUUAUCUUCCAAUUGUUUUAUGUAGUAUUUUAACAUUAGGAUAUAGUAUUGUUUAUAGUCAUUUUUUCCGUCAACAAACACAACCAUUUGUCAUUAUUUUGUUAGUUUAUUUAUUCAUUUCUUUUGGUUCUCAUAUCUUUAAAGAUAUUCGUUUAAUGGUUUCUUUAGUUGGAAUAUUUUUUAUUCUUCCAAUAACAGGAAGGUUUGUGGCUUUAAAUAGACAUUUUAUUACAAUGCAAAUUCUUUCAGAAGAAGUACCUGUUGAGUUUAUUGAAGUACUUAAAAAAAAGAUUCAAAUUCUUCAGUUUUGUUAUUUUCUAGUAUUUGUUCGUCUUGUUAUUUGUACAUUAUAUGACUUUACUCAAGAAGUUUUAUUUUCUAAUUCUCCAUAUAUCUCUGUUUUUGUUUUUGAAAUACUCCUUUUGAUGACUUCUUUAUUUUUGAUAGUUAUUCUUCUUCCUCGAGAAGGUGUUUUUACUCAUAUUCAUCUUAAUCAACUCUUAGAAGUUUAUCACCAACCACCUCAAAGACAUUACCAAAUAAUGAAAGAUGUAAAAGAAAAGAUAGAUAGAGAAGAGAUAGUGUUUUUUACUUAUGCAACCUCUGUUUCUUUAUCUUCUCAAGAAAUUGCUCCAAUAGGAAUUGGUUAUGUUGUAACAAAUUAA